AUGGCGAAGCACAUGAGAGUAGCAAGGGGAAGGGGGGCGGUUCUGAUUAUUGGAGCAACUGGCUUCAUCGGUCGAUUCAUAGCGGAAGCAAGCCUUGAAUCUGGUCGACCUACUUAUUUACUGGUCCGGUCAUUGCUUAGCUCUUCUUCUUCCAAGGCCAAUGCUAUCAACUCUCUGCAACACAAAGGAGCCAUUGUACUACAUGGAAUGAUAAAUGAGAAGGAGGCAAUGGAGAAAAUGCUUAGAGAAAACGAGAUUGAGGUGGUGAUUUCAGCAGUUGGUGGUAGAGACUUGAAGGACCAAGUCGGAUUGGUGCAGGCCAUUAAAGCUGUUGGCACCAUCAAGAGGUUUUUGCCCUCAGAAUUUGGGCACGACGUGGAUAGAGCUGACCCGAUUGAGCCAGCGCUAACGGCAUACAAGGAGAAGCGUAAAAUUAGACGUUUGAUUGAGGACUUGGGUGUGCCCCACACGUACAUCUGUUGCAAUUCUAUUGCCGCAUGGCCCUACCAUGACAAGACGCACGAUGCUCUUCCACCGUUGGAUCAAUUUCAGAUCUACGGUGAUGGCUCCGUCAAAGCAUAUUUUGUUACUGGUAAUGAUAUUGGAAAAUUCACCAUUAAAAUUGUUGAUGACGUUCGAACCUUGAACAAGCGUGUUCAUUUUAGGCCAACCUGCAAUUUUUACGACAUAAAGGAGCUUGCAUGUUUAUGGGAAACCAAAAUUGGACGUACUCUUCCUAGGAUUACCAUUACUGAAAAUGAUAUUUUACUUGUAGCUGCAGAAAAUUCUAUGCCGAGAAGUAUUAUCGCAGCAUUAACCCACGAUAUAUUUUUUAAGGGAUGCCAAGUUAAUUUCAAAAUUGACGGUGGUGAAGAUGUCGAAUUAAGCAGUUUGUAUCCACAUGAGUCAUUCCAAACACUCGAUGGAAGCUUUACUGAUUUUGCUGCAGAGCUAAAUAUCAAAUCAGUAGUUAAAUAA